CACUUACAAGAAUUAUCUAAUCAAGUUCAGUAUUCAUAUUCCAUAGAACCAGAAAGAUUAUUCGUGUUUGAAAUGAAAUAAAAAAUGUGCCAACAGUCAUCAAUUGUGAGCAAGGAGAAGUUAGUUUAAUCAUCAGUCAAUUAAAGCUUCCAACUCCUCCACGUCCUAUUGGCAUCUAUAUAGAUAAUGGCAUUGAUCAACUGCUCCUGCAGCUUCAGUCUGUAAGAGAGUUUUUUUGGCCUGAUUCCACCUCUGGGACUGGUAGGAGCUAUUGCCUACUUCAUUCACUCCAGAAUUCUCAAAUUUUGAGGCUUAAUAAUAAGAACUUUCAAUGGAAGUAACAAACAGGUACGUAGUGAUCAAACAUUACAUUGAUAGGGCACCACUAGAGUCUGAUUUUGAGCUCAGGACAGAAGCUCUUUCUUUAUGGAUUGAGCCCGGAAAAUAUGAUGUGAUCGUGAAGAAUCUGUACUUAUCAGUUGAUCCUUACCAACUGAACCGCAUGAAGAGCCCCGGUUGCUUUCAGCAGGAUAUGAACUUUGCAGGCGCCAUAUGCCCUGGCCAGAAAAUUAAUGGUGAUGGCAUCGGGAGAGUUGUCGCUUCUGGCAAUCCUGAAUUUAAAGAGGGUGACUUGGUCUCGUGGUACUGCAUGAGCUGGGGAGAGUACAGCAUCAUAAAAAUGAGCCCCAGCAAUAUGGAAGGGGCCAAGUUAAGGAAGAUAGAGAUGAUGGAAUUUCCACUUUCUUACCAUGUAGCCCUUCUAUCAUUGAGCGGGAUAACAGCUUAUGCUGGGUUUUUUGAGGUGUGCAAACCAAAGAAACGAGAAAAACUAUUUGUCUCUGGUGCUUCAGGAUCAGUGGGAAGUUUAGUGGGGCAGUAUGCAAAGCUCUUUGGGUGCUAUGUUGUGGGCUGUGCUGGUAGCCAAAGAAAGGUAGACUUGCUCAAGGAGAAGCUUGGCUUCGAUGAAGCAUUCAACUACAAAGAAGAAACUGAUCUUAAGUCGGCUCUUAAAAGGUACUUCCCUGAUGGAAUUGACAUAUAUUUUGACAAUGUGGGAGGAGAGAUGCUAGAAGCAGCAAUUGAAAACAUGAACCCUUUUGGAAGAGUUGCUGUUUGUGGUGCUAUUUCCGAAUAUACUGACAAAGGGAGAAGGGGAGCUCCCAACAUGGUGAAUGUUGUGUACAAAAGGAUCACAAUUCAAGGAUUUCUAGCUGCUGAUCAUUACAAGAAAGUCUAUAAGGAUUUCCUUUCAACCACACUUGAGCACCUACAGGGUGGGAAGUUGCAUGUUCUUGAAGACAUGUCGCAUGGUGUGGAAAGCAUACCAUCUGCUUUUGCAGGACUUUUUCGAGGUGAUAAUGUUGGGAAAAAGAUGGUUGAGCUGCUUGCAGCCGAUUAAAUACUUAAAACAGUUUGGUUGCAUUAUAUUUGAGCAAAGUAAGUAAAGCAAGAUUAAUAAGUUGGGAGGUAAAUAAUUAAAAAAAAAAAAAAAGGAUUCUACGUCUCAAGGCUUCCAUUGUCUUGUAACUAUUCUUGUAAUCACUAUGCCCUCUUUGGGAUCAUGAACCAAUCAUCUUUUCCUUUGAUUAGUUGUAAAUUUUGUAGAAUCUUGUAUAACUUUCUUACACAUGAUGUGUGAUGAAAAUAUCAAC